GUGACAUUAAAAUUGAUUAAACAAAUUAACCCAGUUGCCUAUAAAAACCGAUUUUGAACCAAACUAGGCAUGCAAAAAGAAUCAGAAAAGGGUUAUCUAGCAGCCAGGAAAGAAACGCAGUUGAUCGAUAAGGCCAAUUACAGUAUUAUUAAUUUAUUGUUAGAAAGUCAAAGAGAAGAAGGGAUAGUGAUCGAGGAUGUGGAAGUUGAAGCUUUCAGAAAGCAAAGAGGAGGAGUGCAGCAUGAAUAACCAUAUGGGAAGACAGUUCUGGGAGUUUGAUCCACAUCUUGGAAACCAGCAAGACAGAGCUCAGGUGGAUCAACUUCGUCAACAAUUUAACACUAACCGCUUCAAAUAUAAGCACAGUUCCGAUCUCUUAAUGAGACUCCAGUUUGAAAGGGAAAAAGGCUUAAAAACGAAAGAGAAAAAGAUAAAAAUAGAAAGCGAGGAAGACAUAAACGAGGAAAUUGUGGGAAGCAUAUUGAAAAGAGCCUUAAGAUCUUACUCAGCCCUGCAAGCCGAUGAUGGUUUCUGGCCUGGUGACUAUGGCGGCCCUUUGUUUCUUCUCUCUGCCUUGGUGAUUGGGUUGUCGGUGACUGGGGUCCUUAAUGCAGUCUUGACCCCGCAACAUCAAAGCGAGAUGCGGCGCUAUCUGUUCAAUCACCAGAACGAAGAUGGAGGGUGGGGAUUGCAUAUAGAAGGUCCCAGCACAAUGUUUUGCACAGCUCUGAAUUAUGUGACGUUGAGAUUGCUUGGAGAAGAUAUCGACGGUGGAGAAGGCGCCAUGCAGAAAGCAAGGACAUGGAUUCUUCAUCGUGGCGGGGUCAUUUACACUCCUUCCUGGGGCAAACUCUGGCUUUCGGUGCUUGGUGUAUACGAAUGGAGUGGUAUGAAGCCAAUUCCGCCAGAGAUAUGGUUACUUCCCUACUUUAUACCUUUUCAUCCAGGAAGGAUGUGGUGUCACUGCCGAUUAGUAUAUCUGCCAAUGUCGUAUUUAUAUGGUAGAAGAUUUGUGGGUCCUAUCAACGCAAUUGUUUUGUCCCUCAGAAAAGAGCUCUAUACCCUUCCCUAUCAUCUACAAGACUGGAAUGAGGCUCCAAAUUUAUGUGCCAAGGAAGAUUUAUACCAUGAAUGCCCAAUGAUCCAAAAUAUUUUAUGGGGUUUUCUUCACAAUGUUGGGGAACCUCUUCUCGAGCACUGGCCAUGCUCCAAGCUAAGGCGGAAAGCACUCCAUCAUGUAAUGCAGCAUAUACACUAUGAGGAUGAAAACACCAACUAUAUCUGCAUUGGUCCCGUUAGUAAGGUAUUAAACAUGGUUUGUUGUUGGUUAGAGAACCCCAAUUCUCAGGCAUUUAAGUGUCACAUUUCAAGAAUCAAAGACUAUCUCUGGGUGGCUGAGGAUGGAAUGAAAAUGCAGGGAUAUAGUGGUUCUCAAUUUUGGGAUGUGGCAUUAUCUGUUCAAGCAAUCUUAGCUACCGAUCUUGAGGAUGAAUAUGGUCCAAUGCUUAAGAAAGCAAAUAAUUUCAUAAGAUGCUCACAGAUUACAGCAAACAGCUCUGGCAAUCCAAGUUACUGGUAUCGCCACGUUUCUAAAGGUGGUUGGCCUUUCUCAACUGCAGACAAUGGUUGGCCUGUCUCAGAUUGCACUGCAGAAGGCUUGAAGGCAGCCAUUUUGUUAUCAAACUUGCCAUUUGAGACUGUUGGAAAAGCAGUGGAAACAGAACAGCUAUAUGAUGCUGUUAAUUUGAUUUUAUCCAUGCAGAAUAAAAACGGCGGAUUUGCAUCCUAUGAGCUCACAAGAUCUUAUGCAUGGCUGGAGAAAAUAAAUCCAACUGAAACAUUUGAAGAUGUCAUGAUCGAUUAUCAGUACGUAGAAUGCACAUCAGCAGUGAUUCAAGGUCUUGCCUUAUUCACAGAACGAUACCCAGGGCACAAAAGGAAAGAAAUAGAAACUUGUAUUACUGAGGCAGUGAACUAUAUUGAAAGCAUGCAGUUAUCCGAUGGCUCGUGGUAUGGGUCAUGGGGAAUCUGCUACACCUACGGAACAUGGUUUGGGAUAAAGGGGCUUAUAGCUGCGAGUAAGAGGUACGAAUAUAGCCACAGCAUGAGAAGAGCAUGUGAUUUUUUGCUUUCCAAACAGCAACUUGAUGGUGGGUGGGGAGAGAGCUAUAUUUCAUGCCAAAAGAAGGUAUACACAAAUUUGGAGGGAAACAAAUCUCAUAUAGUGAACACUGCAUGGGCUAUGCUGGCACUUAUAGAAGCAGGACAGGCCCAAAGAGAUCCAGCCCCAUUGCAUCGUGCGGCAAAGGUUUUGAUCAAUUCACAAAUGGAAAACGGGGAGUUUCCUCAACAGGAAAUCAUGGGAGUGUUCAACAAGAAUUGUGCUAUCAGUUACUCUGCAUAUAGAAACAUCUUUCCCAUAUGGGCUCUUGGAGAAUAUCGAACUCGCGUACUGCUAUCUACUAACCAAGGUUCAAGAGCAACAGCAAAAUAAUCAUGUAAAAAUAAGUCCUAAGAGUUUUAUUUUCUGUUUUUGUAUGUAAUUAAUUUGCAAUUAGAUGCAAAACUACCUGUAAAGGUUUGAAAGUUUGUAUUAAAUAAAGCAAUGAUGGAAAAUUGCAAUUUGUGUUACAAAAA